CGAAAAAAUGACAUUGAAAACUUAAUUAUGCACAUAUUUUAAUUAAGAACUAUGCAAGAAACGAUGAUGAAAUAAUGAGACCAAUUAUACUAAUCAAAAUACUUACGUUUGUAAUUUAGUCGAAGAAGAAGAACAAUUAAAAAAGGUCGAGCUCGUACGUGUCACCAAUUGGUGGGAUGACGAUCACGUAGAUGAAGAAAGUAACAGUUAUCAAGAAUCAAUAAAACAAGAAGAUUCAGAAAUAAUAAUAAGAAGACAAAUGGCAGCCAUGAUUCAAGCCCAUGAACGAUCUAGACAGCUAAUUAAACUAUUGACGCAUCAGAGACAGAAGAGACAAAUGUGGGAAAAAGAGUUGAGGGGAACUUUGAAAUCCCAGGCGCCCCAUGAGCUUAAAGAAAGGAGCGCUAAGCUCAUACAAAAGGCAUUCAGAGCAUACUUUGAUAUAAAGCGAAGAAGAAUAUUACAAUGCAAAGAGGAUGAAAUAUUAGGAAUGCGAUUGAGUGGAAAUAUGAAUAAAGACACAAUGUAUCAGCAAAACUAUAAACGACUUGAACGAAGAAAGCAAUUGGAACAAGAAUGGAUCACUUCACGUGAAAAUCUAAAACAAAAGUUUAUGGAAUCAAAGUUUAACGAUUUUACCGAAGAUUACCGAGAUUUUAUCAGAUCUUGGUUUCGAAGAUGGUUUGAUGAUAUCAAAUAUUUUCAUGAUAUGCCGAGAGAGAGUGAAGGUGGAUCAGUUCUUAUAAUGAAAGAUGAGUUACUGGAUCCAGCCGAAUGGUGGGACGAAUAUGAACGAUACCUAGCAGAAAAGAAAUCUAAAAAGAAUCAAUCAGCUUUACAGAGGAAAUACGCCGAAAUGCAGGCUAAAGAGGAAGCAAUGAUGAAAAAGAGAGAGGAGAGGAUGAAAAAAAAGCUAGAAACUGAACUUAAGAGGAAACUGAUGAAAAAUCCAACUCUACAUCCCGGCUACCACUAUCCACAGUCUAAGAAAACUGAAAACAUUUUAGAGGUCAUAAAAUCUUAUCGUAAUGAUUGGAGCGAUCUUGACUUCUGUAAUAGAAUGGAUGUUAAAGAAAAAUUUGUACAAGACAUAGAUGUUAACAACGUAUACGCGAAAGUAAAACGAGAAAUUAUGACUACUGUAGAUAACGACAUGAGAAAUGAGUUAAAACUAUUGAAAAGUGCACUGGAAAAGGAUUUCGAUAAAAUGGAAGAAAAAAUGCCAGAGCCAAUGAAUAAAAGAAAAGGACGUAAGUCGAAAAAAACUAAAAAGCUAAAAUGCACCAUGAGUGAGGAUAUUGCCGAAAAACUGGAGGAUUUGGCGUUCAAGGGCAUUCUUAAACAAUAUCCACGGACUGAACUGAAAGUUUUUUUAGGAGACCACAAUUAUGCUGGAGAUGAUAUUCGAUGUGAUAAUGAACCAGCGCAUCCCUUAAGUGGGGAACUGAGGGCGGUAUGGUGGGAGAGGUGUCGAGAAGUGAGCCACGGAGCGCACCAGAUCCUCAUCGUUGGACCACCUCGAAGCGGCAAAACUGUAUUGAUUAAUGCCUUGGCUAGUGUGAACGAUGCUGUAUUGUUCGUGUUGGAUCCUUAUGAGCUGCAUACAUUGCCCACUGCCGAGUUGCAUAAGAUAGUAAAUUCGGUGAUAGCCUGCGCACGAGCAGUUCAACCUUGCGUCAUAUACACACGUCACGUCCACAAGCUGUAUUAUAAGAAGAUGAGUACUAAGACUCUCAUUACGUAGCAAUCAAAAUAGCCUGUUUACUUAUUUUUUUUUUUAUUUCAUAAACAUUUACCUGCUACACUAAACCCACUGAACUAGCGAGCGCCAUAACCGAUAGUCAUCAUCAGCCUAUAAAUGUCCUCAUUGCUGAGGCACAGGCCUUCCUUAUCGAUAUAUUUGGGAGUAUGGACCAAGACCCACUUGGCCGCAGUGAGUAUCGAUGGGUGCUAGCGCCUGUAGAUAAGGUCAGCAUAAAGAACCCAUUGUUUUUUGCCCGCAUUGGUUGUGAUACAAGGAAAAGUAAAAUCACGUGGCAGGUAAAAUAUGAAAUGGACUGACAUAAUAUAUAUGCAGUGUAAACGAAAUAAUGUUUUAAACAGUCACAACAAACCCCACCCAAAACUACUUACCGACUCCUGAUCUAAGGCUGUUAGAGGUUAAGUAUACGUGGUGUUCCGACCGAUGUUUAACAAUUAUUGUUAUUUCUACAGGUCCCAUCAGGUGAAUCCAUAAACAAUCCUAAUAUCCUUAGACGCAUAUUGAUAAGGAAGUUGUGUAAGAGGAUCCAAAAAUCAGACAAUAUAACAAUAAUUGGCACCUGCAUCGACCCGUGGCUGACCCAAAGCAAACAGCUGUUGAAUCAAUUCCAUAACACUGUCCUCAUCCCAGACACGAGUUACUCGACAGUUGUCACACUUUUGAGGAUGUGGAUCGAUUGAAUAGCCGCAUAUGGUUUGUCCCCACAAGAAAUAUACGAUUACAUCAUAAAUGAUUCAGAAGCUAAAGUCGCAUAUGAUAAAUAUUUAAAAUGGCAUUACGAACAGACGCACUGGGGCAAGAAAGAGAAGAAGCACAUAAAUGACCAAAAAGAGUUCAAAGAAGCGAUAAGGGUGUACGAGGAGAGAACGAAGAAGAAGAAGAUACAGCAAAAGAGCAGUGCCCUAACAUUUAAGAAACAACCAGAAGAAUGACAAUACUUACUCAGAAUACAUGAAUAAAGAUGACAGAAUUAAACAUCGGCAUUCUGACAAACCUAGACAAGUUAUUUCGAGCACAUUCACUGGACAUUGGCAUAAUCUUGAAGGAACCAUCACAGAACAAAUCUAAUCUAACAAUGCCAUCAUUAUAAAGAAAUAAACCAGACAAAAGCAAUAUACACAUAAAUAUACAUACUAGAUUGUUAACUACCUAUAGCAGAACCGAGUCGAACUUAUUACAGAAACUUAGAUAUUGAUCUAACUAAUAACUGCUGACGUGGCGUUAGAUGAAAGAUUAGCAGAAAAGCUGAACUACAAAAUUGAUAAAAUUAUACCUUAAAACGGAAUAAACUAU